CUGGCUAGAAGAAUAUUCACAGCAUGCCCCCUCCGAAUUUAGGGCUAUCUAAUUAAAAAAACUUGUCUUAACUCAUUUUUAUAAUUAUACUCGUAUUAAAGAUUCGCAUUCCCGUUCAUCUUUUUUGAGGGAGGAGAAUAUAUAGAGGAAGGAAAGUUGUUUUUCCUUGUUCCUGUCGUCUGGGAAAUAAGCGUCAGGAGUCUGAGUUUUUGCAGAAACUCCUUUCAGGCAGAAGAAGGGAGUUAUCCUGAAAUUAUUCUAAAAUUGUGGGAACUGGACAGCUGAUGACCCUCUAGCGUCAGAAUGAAGUGACAAGAAGUCGUCUUUGCCUGUUUGUUGGACUUUCUAUCUACCUCCUCACGUUUCUUCAGCGAACAUCACAACCAUAACUCGUAUAAUCCUUCGUUCUUCUGUCCUGCAAUUGAUUAUUUCUCCUCGCAUGCUGCAUUUUGGCUCUUUCGAACUUGUGAAUAUCAUGGGUCACAGACGAAGGUGAAUUGCUGAGAAUAGAGAGAACUCGAAAUUCAGUAAAUAUAGGACCUCCUGUUUGCGAUAUGGUGUUUGUGUUUACGUGAGUGAUACUGGCACAGUCAGGAGUAGCAGGAAUUCUAUAAAGGUAAAAGAUGUCGAUAGCGAAGGUGCCGGAACAAGUGAUGAAGUUGAGGGGAGGAUCGGUGCUGGGAAAGAAGACCAUUCUGAAAAGCGACCAUUUCCCUGGUUGCCAGAACAAACGCUUGUCUCCUCAGAUUGAAGGCGCUCCGAAUUAUCGUCAGGCUGACUCAUUACAUGUUCACGGGGUUGCAAUCCCAACAUUUGAUGGAAUCCGAAAUGUUCUGAACCAUAUUGGUGCUCAAAAAGAAGGGAAGAGGGUGCAAGUUCUUUGGAUUAACCUUCGUGAAGAACCGGUUGUGUACAUUAAUGGGCGACCCUUUGUUUUGCGUGAUGUGGAAAGGCCAUUUUCUAACCUUGAGUAUACGGGAAUAAACAGGGAAAGGGUUGAACAAAUGGAAGCUCGUUUGAAAGAAGAUAUCCUAGUCGAAGCAAGAAGAUAUGGAAAUAAGAUCCUUGUGACUGAUGAACUGCCAGAUGGCCAGAUGGUGGACCAGUGGGAACAAGUAUCGUGUAAUUCAGUGAAACCGCCCCUAGAGGUGUAUGAGGAAUUGCAAGCAGAGGGAUACCAUGUUGAUUAUGAACGUGUUCCUAUAACUGACGAAAAAUCACCAAAAGAGCUGGAUUUUGACUUUUUGGUCCAUAAAAUCUCUCAAGCUGAUGUAAAUACAGAAAUCAUUUUUAAUUGUCAAAUGGGCCGUGGACGAACUACAACAGGAAUGGUCAUUGCUACUCUAAUUUACCUCAACCGAAUUGGAGCCUCAGGUAUUCCGAGGAGCGAUUCUGUCGGUCAGAUUUCUCAGUAUGCCACUAAUGUGGCUGAUCAUUUACCUGACUCAGAGGACACAGUUCGCGGGGGAGAAUAUGCAGUCAUAAGAAGUCUGAUUCGUGUAUUAGAGGGUGGUGUUGAGGGGAAGAGACAAGUGGACAAAGUUAUCGAUAAGUGUGCCUCAAUGCAGAAUUUGCGUGAAGCAAUUGCCACCUAUCGCAACAGCAUUCUGCGACAACCAGAUGAAAAGAAGAGGGAGUCAUCGCUUUCUUUUUUCGUGGAGUACCUGGAGAGAUACUACUUCUUAAUAUGUUUUGCUGUAUACAUUCAUUCAGAAAGGGCUGCACUUAAUUCUGAUUUUGCCAGUCACAGCAGUUUUGCUGACUGGAUGAGAGCUAGGCCGGAACUGUACAGUAUUAUUCGGAGGUUGCUCAGGAGAGAUCCAAUGGGUGCGCUUGGAUAUUCCAGUUUGAAGCCAUCUCCAAAGAAGAUAGCUGAAUCUGCUGAUGGCCGCCCUUCUGAGAUGGGUGUGGUUGCCGCUUUGAGAAAUGGCGAAGUUCUUGGUAGUCGAACUGUUCUAAAAAGUGAUCACUGUCCUGGUUGCCAAAACCCAAGUUUACCAGAGAGAGUGGAGGGGGCACCAAAUUUCAGAGAAGUUCCUGACUUUCCGGUCUUUGGUGUGGCAAACCCAACCAUUGAUGGUAUUCGAUCUGUUAUUCGUAGGAUUGGUAGCUCUAAAGGGGGACGCCCUGUACUAUGGCAUAAUAUGAGGGAAGAACCUGUUAUAUACAUUAAUGGGAAACCAUUUGUUCUCCGGGAACUUGAAAGACCAUACAAAAACAUGUUGGAGUACACGGGAAUUGAUCGUGACAGAGUGGAGAAAAUGGAAGCUCGGUUGAAAGAAGAUAUUCUACGAGAAGCUGAACACUAUGGCAGUGCUGUAUUGGUUAUUCACGAAGCAGAUCAGGGGCAAAUAUUUGAUGCUUGGGAGCAUGUCACAUCUCAUUCAAUUCAAACCCCACUUGAAGUUUUUAAAAGCCUGCAGGCUGAUGGUUUUCCCAUCAAGUACGCACGUGUGCCCAUCACUGAUGGUAAAGCUCCUAAAAGUUCUGACUUUGACACAAUGGCUGUUAAUAUAGCAUCUUCUCCGAAGGACACUGCUUUUGUUUUCAACUGUCAGAUGGGUAGAGGUAGGACAACCACUGGCACUGUCAUAGCUUGCCUUGUUAAACUUAGAAUUAAUUAUGGGAGGCCCAUCAAAAUCCUGGUUGACAACUUGGGCGUGGCCCAUCAAGAAGUGAAUGGUGGUUUCUCAAGUGCAGAUGAAACAGGGGUUGACAUUAAUGCAUUAACCUCUGAUGCUUCUCUAAUUAAAAUGGAUGAGAAACAAAGUCAUGUGUUUGGUAUUAAUGACAUUCUCUUGUUAUGGAAGAUAACAACAUUAUUUGAUAAUGGCGUGGAAUGUCGGGAGGCCUUAGAUGCUAUUAUUGAUAGAUGUUCUGCACUUCAAAACAUACGCCAAGCUGUUCUGCAAUACAGAAGAGUAUUCAAUCGACAGCAUGUUGAGCCUAGAGUAAGGAGAGUGGCCUUGAAUCGAGGUGCUGAGUACCUGGAACGGUACUUCCGCCUCAUUGCUUUUGCAGCAUAUCUUGGAAGCGAAGCUUUUGAUGGUUUUUGUGGACAAGGAGAAUCCAAAAUGACAUUUAAGACCUGGUUGCACAGGAGGCCAGAGGUGCAGGCUAUGAAAUGGAGCAUCAGACUGAGACCAGGACGAUUAUUCUCUGUUCCGGAAGGGCUGAGAGCACCACAAGAGUCUCAGCAUGGAGAUGCAGUAAUGGAGGCAAUUGUCAAGGACCGGAAUGGUUCUGUUUUGGGGAAAGGCUCCAUACUAAAAAUGUAUUUCUUUCCUGGUCAGAGAACUUCCAGCCACAUCCAAAUACAUGGUGCACCGAAUGUUUACAAGGUUGAUGAAUACCCCGUAUAUAGCAUGGCAACUCCAACCAUCUCUGGUGUCAAGGAGAUGCUAGCAUAUUUAGGUGCUAAGCCUAAAUCAGGAGCUUCAGAAGCUGCAAUUUCUCAAAAAGUUGUAUUGACUGAUCUGAGGGAGGAAGCAGUUGUUUAUUUUGAUGGUACUCCCUUCGUCUGGCGGGAGUUGAACAAACCUGUUGAUACACUCAAGCAUGUGGGAAUCACUGGUCCUGUGGUGGAGCACAUGGAGGCACGGCUAAAAGAAGAUAUAAUUUCUGAGAUUAGAAAGUCUGGUGGGCGAAUGCUAUUACAUCGUGAGGAUUAUAACCCUUCAACUAAUCAGUCUGGUGUGGUUGGAUACUGGGAAAACAUUUCAGUAGAUGAUGUCAAGACACCUUCAGAAGUUUAUUCAUCUUUGAAAAACGAUGGAUAUGAUAUUGUCUACCGAAGGAUUCCAUUAACGAGAGAGAGAGAUGCCACAGCCUGUGACAUAGAUGCAAUUCAGUAUUGUGAAGAUGACUCUGCAGGUAGUUACCUAUUCUUGUCGCACACAGGUUUUGGUGGAGUUGCAUAUGCAAUGGCGAUCAUGUGUAUUAAACUAGGAGCAGCUACAAACUUGGAAUCUAAAAUCUCGCGACCGUUGUAUGGUCCUCACAUGGAUCCAAUGCUUCAAGAGAACAUGCCUUCCCGAGCUUCUAAUGAAGAGGCAUUUAGGAUGGGUGACUAUCGUGACAUAUUAAGCCUAACUAGAGUACUUAUACGUGGUCCCCAAAGCAAAGCAGAUGUUGACAUUAUUAUUGAAAGGUGUGCCGGGGCAGGACAUUUGCGGAAUGAUAUUAUGUAUUAUAGGAAAGAAUUUGAGAAGUUUACUGAUGGCGAUGACGAGGAACGCGCUCAUCUAAUGGACAUGGGUGUCAAGGCUCUGAGGCGGUAUUUUUUCCUUAUCACAUUCAGAUCCUACCUUUACUGCACCUCUCCUGCCAAGAUGGAAUUUGCUGCAUGGAUGGGUGCAAGACCUGAGCUUGGUCAUUUAUGUAGCAAUCUCAGAAUCGAUCAAUAAUGCUGCAAGGCUUUUCCAUAUAUAUAUAUAUAUAUUAUAUAUAUAUAAUGUAUAGUUGUCACAGUUGCCCUGUCUAUACAUCCUCAACCCGUUUUGGUCUUACGAAGGCCGUAAAUGUAGUAGGUGCUUACAAGUUUGUCAACUCUUUUGGUUAGAACUUUUAGAACCACAGUACCCUGUUAUCAAACCUAGUCUAGCCUUGUUCGAUAUCACGGGAAUAUGGCUUAAAAUAAGCUACUAAAAUCAGCCAUUUCUAUUCCGAUCGCUUAGGCGAGAUGGCUUGCGUCAGAACAAGGGCAUGGUCGCCCAGGAAAUUGUUCAUCUGGUACCCAGAAGCCAGUUGCAUUAUAUAAGGGUUUUAUAUGUCUCAUUUCUAAAUUGUAUUCCGAUUUCUGUAUAUUUUUGUUUA